CGAGACCGUGGCGUCUUCGGAGGGGCCCAGCAGCGGAGAUUCCGCCCUGUUCUCGAAGCUCGGUGGUGCCUUCUUCGGGGGGCCCAACUCCCCACAGCGAGUCGUCACAAAUAUCCGUGGGUUCCUCGCGAAUCGGCUCACUGGGGCAAUUCCCGAUACAGGAUGGCGAGAUUCAUUGCUGUCGCUUCCGAAAAAGUGGUUGUCUACAACAGAGGCCACGGACGAGUUUGGCUUUCCCGAAGAUCUACCAAAAGUACCUGUCCCACCGCUGGAACAGACAAUGGCCGAGUACCUGCGCCUGCUGGAGCCCUUACUCACAUCGCAGCAUCACGAGCGCGUGAAGGCGAUCGUGAAGCAGUUCUCCGCUCCCACAGGACUCGGCCCCAUCCUGCAGCAGUACCUCGUGGAGAAGAGAGAAGAGGAGGCGAACUGGGCCUACAACUACUGGCUCAACGACAUGUACAUGGACGUGAGACUCGCCCUGCCAAUCAACUCUAAUCCAGGGAUGGUUUUGCCUCCGCGCAAGUUCACGACAGUCCAUGAUGUAGCUCGAUUCUCUGCCCGUCUGAUUGACGGCAUCAUGAAGCACAAAGACAUCCUCGACAGUGGAAAACUCGCCAUGGAGCGCGCGACUUCGCGGGAGAAAGGACAACCCUUGUGCAUGGCUCAGUACCAUCGCUUGCUCGGCUCCUGCCGGCGACCUGGCGAUCCUCAGGAUAGUCAGUAUCUGCCAGAGAGGCGCACGGAUCAGCACAUCAUUGUGACGUGUCGCAAUCAGAUGUACUGCGUCCCCAUUCGAGCAAACGAUCGCGGUCAGCUGUCAGAAGAUGAGAUUGCAUCUCAGCUCCUGUACGUCCUCAGCGACGCUCCCUGUCUCCCAGCCACGCCACCACCUGUGGGCCUACUCACAGCACAGGCGCGCAAUGAGUGGGCUCACGACAGGGAAGCUCUGCUGGAAGAGGAGCAGAAUGUGCGAAACAUCGAACUGAUUGAGCAAGCUCUCAUUCUCCUCUGCUUGGACGAGUCCUUGCCCACCUCCUUCAACGCCAGGGCAACUAACGGAGAUCCUCUGCUGGGACACCACGUCGCUGGCCGGGAUGAGACCAACAUGGAGCACGAGAUGAUCCAUGGCGGCGGAAGUGAGUACAACAGCGGCAAUCGGUGGUUCGACAAAACCAUGCAGAUCAUCGUUUGCAACGACGGCACUUGGGGUCUGUGCUAUGAGCACUCGACUUCUGAGGGCAUAGCUGUGGUUCUCCUCCUUGAGGGCAUCUUGCGAGCCAUUGACGCGAUGGGAAACGUUGAGGAGGGAGCUGGACAGCAUCAUUUGCCACCUCCAGAGCGCCUAGAAUGGGUGAUAAAGCCACCGUUGCAGCGACGCUUAGUCGUGGCGGCGAAGUCCUUCGAUCAACGCAUUGAGGAUCUGGACUUUUACGUCUAUCGCUAUCAGACCUACGGCAAGUCCUUCAUCAAGGCUUGUCAAGUGAGUCCCGAUUGCUUCAUCCAACUGGCUCUGCAGUUGGCUUACUACAAACUCUAUGGGCACCUGGUGAGUACUUAUGAAAGCGCUUCAACGAGAAGAUUCCUCCUGGGACGAGUGGACUGUAUCCGAUCGGCAACGUCAGAGGCUCUGGAGUGGGCCAAGGCCAUGUGUCAGGGUGAAGGACCAAAUGUUCCUUUGGAAAGUGACAAGGAGGAAGACGACAAGGAUGCUAAGAAAGUCACCUUCAGCAUUUACAGCAAGGAUCACUUGAGAGAGCUGUUCAGAUGUGCAGCUGCUCGCCAAACUGAGAUCAUGGUUCAGAACAUCCUGGGACAUGGCAUUGACAUCCAUUUGCUGGGCUUGAGAGAGGCUUGCAAGGAUCGUGGCGGUCCAAUGCACGAACUCUUCACGGAUGAGAGCUACAAAAUCGCCAACUGCUUUCUCCUCUCCACGAGUCAGGUCGCUUGCUCAACUGACAGCUUCAUGGGCUACGGACCUGUGACUCCGAAGGGCUACGGCUGCUCGUACAACCCUUAUCCAGACGAGAUUGUCUUCUGCAUCUCGGCCUUCUUCUCCGCCGAGAACACCAGCGCCACGCGAUACGCCAAGUCGCUGCAGGACUCACUGGAUAUCAUGCGAGAUUUGCUGUCUUCGUAAACACUUCAACCCUUAAAACACUGAACGCUUAUUUUAACUUUUGACGAAUCGAAAGCUUUACAAUCACGUGGGGUGAAAAAAAAAAUGAAGAAACACUUGAAAGCUUGUGCACCAGAAUCUAAUUCUGAAGAAAAGAGAGAACAUAUAUAUAUAUUUAUUCCUAAAAAGGAGGGAAAAAAAUCUAUUUAGUGUUGAAAAGAGAGAAUUUAUUGGUGUUAAAAGUUGUUGAAUUGACAAAUUUCCUGUGUUAAUUGAAGAAGAAAAAAGAAAAAUGUUUUGUGUUGAAUCUUUAGAUGAAACUUUGAAGUGAAAAGGACACAUUUUAUGCCUUUUCCGUAAAGAAUUGUAUACAGAAAAUAAUCAAGUAUAAACAAUUUUUGAAGAAAAGAAAAAGACAUGAAACCGAAACAUAUCAAUAACUAUAAUAUUGUUAGACUAUUCUUGAAGGAAAAAAGAAAAACGACACAUAUCAAUCAACGGAUAUUUUGUAGUAAGAACAGGACACUCGCCAGAGUGUCCAGGUUAGAUGCCUAAAAAUGUAUAUUAUACAGAGGGGAGGAAGAGUAUAUUGUAGGUGAAAUUGAAUGUGUAGAUGUAGAUAAAAGUAGAAAACCACUGCGUGUAUUAGCAAUAUCACAAAUUCUAGUUUAGUAGCCCACCAUGAACAAGACAUAAUAACUGAAUAUUUAUUGGACAACAUGGGAUGUAUUGGAUGUUUUUUCGUGGACAAAGCAUUUUCUUGGGCCCCUCUAAAUAAUGAAGAAAAAAAAUAUCCUCAUUCAACUUAUCAUAUAAUGCCAAGGGGUUGCUAAUAUUGGGGAUCUUAUCUAUAUUCAAAAUUCAUUUAUCAAAUUAUUGUGCAGCAUUUUUAAAGAGCGGAAGGCGAAUUUCUCUUUUGAGAAGCUCACAAAAACCAAUAAAUAGACAACAUUGCUUCAUUACUUCAUCUUUAAUCGAAUAUUUACGGUUUUACGCAAGGUUUUAUGUGGAAAUUGAAGAUUUUUCUAACUUUUCUAUACUUCUCUUCUCUCGUUUUUCUCACAAAAUCUUCUAAUUUCUGUAUUUAAACUCUAAAAUCUAUCUUCAAACCUAAAACUUCGCUCGAGAAGACAAUUUGCUACCUUAAACUCAUUUUUCUCCUUCAUUUUCUACUCUUUCUUGAAAUAUUUUCUAAGAUCUCUAAAUCUUCAAAGGAACUUUCAACACACUGAAUGUUGAGGCAUUCAAUAUCUCUAUUAGUAACCCCUUGUAAAUUGCUGAUAUAAUUUGGGCUACGCUUUGUUGCGGUGCAGAAUAAGGAAAUUCUGCCGCUAAUGUAGUCCCAAAGUAUUUGUAUAGAAUGUACAGUUUUUUCGCUUAAUCUCACGCAGCUUUGUCAAUAUGAUCAUUUUCCAGGGUCUCUCCUGAUCUCUACGAAGUGCUAUUAAUUUGCUCUGUGUGCGCACUCGAUAGAUAAAUGAUCACUUAUAGGCAGAAGUACUGUAUUUUGACGAUUAGAUAUCAUAGGAUCAUAAUAAAGAUACAAUUAGAUUUUAAGUUUUAUUUUCAAAGUUCAUCCUCGCGAAGGACAAAAAAGGCAAAAAAGAAAAAAAUCGAACGUCAAAGUACACUUCGAUAGACAGUUCCUUUGUGAGUUGAACGCCCGCACAGUAACUCUUGUCCAUUGAUAAAGAAAGAAAAAAAAAGAGAUAAUUAGAGUAGGUAAACAUGAA